UCAACCCAUUCGGAGAUGGAAUAGAACAGACAGCAACAUUUGCAUGAAAAUGUCACGAUGAAAGCACUGAGGACUCGCAGGACACCGGAGGCACUGGGGAGGUGCUUUUGAGCUUGGUCCCCCGCACCCCGGGGGUCCCCGCCUUCUCCCUCUGCCGCAUGAGAAACACAGGGGCCCAGGUGUUCUCAGCUCCUUUGUCGCCUUCCCCACCAUCUUAGAAAGCGACUGAGGUCUUUUGAAUUCCGGGGGCUGGUCUGAACCUUCCAAGAGCACAGAUUUUACUGACCUUAAGGCUCGGUGAACCCACAGCUGACAGAAGGUUCCAGAGGGGAGGAGGAGGGGCUGGCUUGGGGUCACGCAGCCAGAGGCAGGGGCUGAGCAAAGUUUCCAACAGUGAUUGUCUCCCAAAGGUCAGCCCCUGCCCGAUUGCGAUGGCGGCCACCACAAGGCGGGGCUGAGCCAGUGGGCAGGGGUGGAGUGGGAUGGAGCGGGACCCCCGACUGACAGCCUCCCGUCCUACCUGCGGUGAGCCUCCUAGGCCAGGCUGCUCGGGGCUGUCCUGCUGCUGGACCGCCGGGGGCAACGGCACUCACGUCCCACACCGUUGCGGGUGGCCUGGCUGGCAGGGGUCCCUGUGGGGAUAGCGUGGCUGCGGUUGGUGAGGGAUUGGGGUGGGAGGGGGGUGGCGGUGUUAGAUUCUGCGGGCUCUGCUCUGAGCCCCCGCCCAGCCCAGAAACCCCACUAGCCUGGGGCCUGAAAACAGCCACGCCACUCCCUCCUGAGAGCCCACCGCGCCACAGCUUGGAGGAAGAGCCUGCGGGGAACUGGCUGCAGGACGCUCUCUUCUUGAGUGCAGGUGCUGGCUCUGCUGUGACCAUGCCCGUGACCUUUGCCCUCCUGCUCCUCCUGGGCCAGGCCACUGCGGACCCAUGCUACGAUCCACAGGGCCGACCCCAAUUCUGCCUCCCGCCAGUGACACAGCUGGCUGCCGUGGCGGCCUCCUGCCCUCAGGCCUGUGCCCUGUCCCCAGGAAACCACCUUGGCGCCAGGGAAACCUGCAAUGGCAGCCUGACUUUGGCCCUGGGUGGCCCCUUCCUCCUGACAUCUGUCAGCUUGCGCUUCUGCACCCCAGGACCCCCAGCCCUCAUCCUGUCUGCUGCCUGGGCCUCAGGGGGUCCCUGGAGGCUGCUGUGGCACAGACCCGCCUGGCCUGGGGCCUUGGGGGGCCCUGAAAGGGUGACCUUCCACUCCACACCAGGUCCUAAGGCCACUGUGGCGGCCAGCCACCUCCGUGUGGAGUUUGGGGGCCAGGCGGGGCUAGCGGCAGCUGCGCUGAGAGGCCGCUGCCAGUGUCAUGGCCACGCUGCCCGCUGUGCCGCCCGUGCCCGGCCCCCCCGCUGCCACUGCCGCCACCAUACCACUGGCCCGGGGUGCGAGAGCUGCCGCCCGUCCCAUCGAGACUGGCCCUGGCGGCCUGCCACGCCCCGGCACCCCCACCCUUGCCUACCCUGCUCCUGCAACCAGCACGCCCGACGCUGCCGGUUCAACUCUGAGCUGUUCAGACUGUCGGGCGGCCGGAGUGGGGGUGUUUGUGAGCGGUGCCGCCACCACACAGCUGGGCGGCACUGCCACUACUGCCAACCUGGGUUCUGGAGGGACCCUAGCCAGCCUAUCUCCAGCCGCAGGGCCUGCAGAGCCUGCCAGUGCCACCCUAUUGGGGCAACAGGAGGAACCUGCAACCAGACCAGUGGGCAGUGUACCUGCAAGUUAGGGGUCACAGGCCUGACCUGCAACCGCUGUGGCCCUGGCUACCAGCAGAGCCGCUCCCCCAGGAUGCCCUGCCAGCGAAUUCCAGAGCCAACAACCACCCUUGCCACUACUCCUGGUGUUUAUAGCUCUGACCCUCAGUGUCAAAACUACUGCAAUAUGUCGGACACCAGGGUACACAUGAGCCUUCGGAGGUACUGCCAGCAGGACCAUGUUCUCCGCGCGCAGGUGCUAGCGUCCGAGGCGGCGGGCCCGGCAUGGCAGCGGCUGGCCGUGCGCGUGCUGGCCGUUUACAAGCAGCGGGCGCAGCCCGUGCGACGCGGCGACCAGGACGCCUGGGUGCCCCGCGCCGACCUGGCCUGCGGCUGCCUGCGCCUGCAGCCAGGCACCGACUACCUGCUGCUGGGCAGCGCCGUGGGCGACCCCGACCCCACGCGCCUCAUCCUCCACCGCCACGGCCUCGCGCUGCCAUGGAGGCCGCGCUGGGCCCGGCCCCUGAAGCGGCUGCAGCAGGAGGAGCGCACCGGAGGCUGCCGCGGCGUGCGGGCAUCCACACCCAGCCCCAGGCCGGAGCACGAGACGUGAGAUGGGGCUGCCUCGAGCACCAACAAAGUAAUUUGGGAGCGACUAGGAGCUGAGCCUUCUACCUCGACGGUGCACUGCAAAGAGCCAAUCAGACGUCGCAGAGCCCCGACGACACUAUGCAUGCGCCCACGCCGAGCAGGCGUGCGGAACUUUUAGCAAAAGGCGGCAAGCGGGACUUCUGGUUCCAACAUUUCCUCCUUUGGCCUGUGGCUUAUUCCCCGCCAGUGAUCUGUUUCCCCCAAUAAAGUCUCAAAUCUUUGGGAA